AUGUCCCGGAUAAACAAGGAAACUGGAGCCAAUAUCUCGGUAAGUAUACCAGACACGGACCAGAGUUCUACAGUCACAUGUACCAGAUAAACAAGGAAACUGGAGCCAAUAUCUCGGUAAGUAUACCAGACAUGGACCAGAGUUCUACAGUCACAUGUACCGGAUAAACAAGGAAACUGGAGCCAAUAUCUUGGUAAGUAUACCAGACACGGACCAGAGUUCUACAGUCACAUGUACCGGAUAAACAAGGAAACUGGAGCCAAUAUCUCGGUAAGUAUACCAGACACGGACCAGAGUUCUACAGUCACAUGUACCAGAUAAACAAGGAAACUGGAGCCAAUAUCUCGGUAAGUAUACCAGACACAGACCAGAGUUCUACAGUCACAUGUACCAGAUAAACAUGGAAACUGGAGCCAAUAUCUCGGUAAGUAUACCAGACACGGACCAGAGUUCUACAGUCACAUGUACCGGAUAAACAUGGAAACUGGAGCCAAUAUCUCGGUAAGUAUACCAGACACGGACCAGAGUUCUAGUCACAUGUACCGGAUAAACAUGGAAACUGGAGCCAAUAUCUCGGUAAGUAUACCAGACACGGACCAGAGUUCUAGUCACAUGUACCGGAUAAACAUGGAAACUGGAGCCAAUAUCUCGGUAAGUAUACCAGACACGGACCAGAGUUCUACAGUCACAUGUACCGGAUAAACAUGGAAACUGGAGCCAAUAUCUCGGUAAGUAUACCAGACACGGACCAGAGUUCUAGUCACAUGUACCGGAUAAACAUGGAAACUGGAGCCAAUAUCUCGGUAAGUAUACCAGACACGGACCAGAGUUCUACAGUCACAUGUACCGGAUAAACAAGGAACUGGAGCCAAUAUCUCGGUAAGUAUACCGGACACGGACCAGAGUUCUAGUCACAUGUACCGGAUAAACAAGGAAACUGGAGCCAAUAUCUCGGUAAGUAUACCAGACACGGACCAGAGUUCUAGUCACAUGUACCGGAUAAACAUGGAAACUGGAGCCAAUAUCUCGGUAAGUAUACCAGACACGGACCAGAGUUCUACAGUCACAUGUACCGGAUAAACAAGGAAACUGGAGCCAAUAUCUCGGUAAGUAUACCGGACACGGACCAGAGUUCUAGUCACAUGUACCGGAUAAACAAGGAAACUGGAGCCAAUAUCUCGGUAAGUAUACCAGACACGGACCAGAGUUCUAGUCACAUGUACCGGAUAAACAUGGAAACUGGAGCCAAUAUCUCGGUAAGUAUACCAGACACGGACCAGAGUUCUACAGUCACAUGUACCGGAUAAACAAGGAAACUGGAGCCAAUAUCUCGGUAAGUAUACCGGACACGGACCAGAGUUCUAGUCACAUGUACCGGAUAAACAAGGAAACUGGAGCCAAUAUCUCGGUAAGUAUACCAGACACGGACCAGAGUUCUAGUCACAUGUACCGGAUAAACAUGGAAACUGGAGCCAAUAUCUCGGUAUACCACACAUUUCAUGAUGAGGUGGAGAGCUACAGACAGCAUUGGUGGCGUUGUACUGGCCCGUGUAGACAACGAAAGCCAUAUUUUGGUUAUGUUAAACGGGCCAUGAACCGCGCACCUUCAGAGAGAGACACCUGGUGGAAGGACCAUAAAAAUAGCUGUAACGGAAUAUUUGAGAAAGUCAAGGAGCCAGAGGGAUAUGGAAAGAAAAAGAAAACGUCAGAAAAAUCAGAAAGCUCUGACGACAAAAAACGGGAGAAAGGCAAGGAAAUCAACAGAAACAUGGAUAUCCGGCUGUUUGGUGGGAAAGGAAAUAUUCUGAGUUCUGACGGUGGGAAAAAUAGCUCUGUAAAUGAUACAAAGUUUGUCACUAAUAAUAAGGUGUCUGUCACUAACAAUAAGGUGUCUGUCACUAACAAUAAGGUGUCUGCUACAGCGAGAAAUGGUGAUAAAAUCCAGGGAACUUUAACAGGAGGGGUCAGUGGAAAUCAGAAAAUCACGGCUAACGGUAAUAAACCUAAGGUGACCUCAACAGUGACAAGUGAACAGCAACCUAAAACUCUGGUGAAUGGUAUUCUUUCCAAUAAGGUGUCUGUAAAUACUGGAGCAACAGGGUCAAGGUCAUCCACACAACCUGGGUACCAUGACAACCAGGUGAAGGAGGCUAGUCAUGUGACAUUUUUAGAUUCUGAUGAGGAUGAUUACUCCAAGAUGUGUAAACCAGUACCUACAUAUCAUAUCCCACCAGGUGGAGCCAGCAGUGAACUGACCAGUGGUCAAGAAAAUGUGAGAUCCAAACUGAGAGAAGUUUGGGCUAAGAGGUUUAAUUCUGCCUCGAGUACAACAGUUUUGCCUGCUCUCAGCAGACCAAAGAAAAGGACACAAGAAUUUGAACCGAAGUCCAUGAUCAACCCUAGUGUAGCCAAACGGUGUAAAAUUGACCAAGACAGUAAACAGAGUAUGAUUGAAAUGUUCAGUACCCCACCUUGUCAUUUAGACUUACCUGCUGUCGAGAGUAAAUCAUUGCAUUCUGGAACACAAAAAUGCAUUAAUUCCAAAAAUGUUUCAGAUUCAGAUAGUCAAAAACUAUCAGUUUUAAGUGUUAAAAAGCCAAAUGUUUCAGGUAAAAAGAUCAAUAAUCCAGGUAAAAAGCCAUCUAACUCACAUGGUCAGAAGCCAGUCAUAGACAGUAAUCAAAAUACUGUGAGUGGUAUGUUCAGUAAAAUGAGAUCACCAGAAAAGGAGAGUAAUGACAGAGUAGUCUCCCUUGACCCAGCCACUCCUGCCUUCCAUGCCUGCCCAGUGUGUACAAAGAGUGUGCCUGUGGCAGAGAUGAACCAUCAUUUGGAUUUAUGUCUAUCAUUAUGACACGGAAAAGGGAGACAAUUCAUUACUACAUCUUUUAUUUAGAACUGUGACUAAAGCUUUGACAAAGUAUAGAAAGUUUUUAAAAAGUGAGGAAGGGGGGAAUAAUUUACCAUAAUUUGAUAUACCUCAUCGUGUGAUUGUUAUGAUGUUAUAUUUGGUAUGAGGAAUGAUCUACAAUGAUGUUUUGGUACAAAGAGUGAUAUAAAAUGAUGUUUUGGUACGUAGGGUGAUAUAAAAUGAUGUUUUGGUUCGUAGGGAAGAGUCAUAUAAAAUGAUGUUUUGGUACGAAGAGUGAUAUCAAAUGAUGUUUUGGUACGUAGGGUGAUAUAAAAUGAUGUUUUGGUACGAAGAGUGAUAUAAAAUGUUGUUUUGGUACGAAGAGAUAUAAAAUGAUGUUUUGGUACGAAGAGUGAUAUAAAAUGUUUUGGUACGAAGAGUGAUAUAAAAUGUUGUGUUGGUACGAAGAGAUAUAAAAUGAUGUGUUGGUACGUAAGGUGAUAUAAAAUGAUGUUUUGGUACGAAGAGUGAUAUAAAAUGUUGUUUUGGUACGAAGAGAUAUAAAAUGAUGUGUUGGUACGUAGGGUGAUAUAAAAUGAUGUUUUGGUAGGAAGAGUGAUAUAAAAUGUUGUUUUGGUACGAAGAGAUAUAAAAUGAUGUGUUGGUACGUAGGGUGAUAUAAAAUGAUGUUUUGGUACGAAGAGUGAUAUAAAAUGUUGUUUUGGUACGAAGAGAUAUAAACUGAUGUGUUGGUAUGUAGGGUGAUAUAAAAUGAUGUUUUGGUACGAAGUGAUAUAAAAUGUUUUGGUACGAAGAGUGAUAUAAAAUGAUGUUUUGGUACGUAGGGUGAUAUAAAAUGAUGUUUUGGUAUGAAGAGUGAUAUAAAAUGAUGUUUUGGUAUGAAGAGUGAUAUAAAAUGAUGUUUUGGUACGAAGAGUGAUAUAAAAUGAUGUUUUGUUAUACCGGUAUAUGAUUAGUGAUAUAAAAUGAUGUUUUGUUAUAACAGUAUUUGAUCAGUGAUAUAGAAUUGAUGUUUAUUAAGUGACUUAUAUCUUCCAGUUCUUACUACAGGUAAUGUUUCUAUGGUGCUAAUUAUCACAUCGAGGAACCUUGUUAUAUAUUUUUAGUACAUUUCUGGCAAUAUUUUGAAGUGAGUUGAUAUGUGCAUAUAUCAACUUUUCAAAUUUAAAAUCAGGCAAAAGCCCUUGGCAAAAUUUGAUGUUGACAUCAAAGUGUAAGUAAUAUGCUCUAGUCAAGAAGUAUUUUACAGUUAAGCUUGUAUGACCUCUUCUAUGUGAUGUUUCUCUCUAGUUUGGAUUCAAGAGUAAACUUAAAGAUUUAAGUAGAUCAAGGUGUAACCAGUUUAAGUGAAAAUUGGAUUAUUGAUAGGCAUGAUGUCAUGAAACUAACAAACUUGAGGAAUAAGUAGAGACUGUAUGUAAUUACAGACCUCUAUAUUUGGACGAUAUCACACACUCCUACUAUAUAAAUGUUUUCUGAAUAGCUUUGUGUUGUUUAUAUUGAUUUAAUAAAAACUGUUAUUCAAUGAAAA